AUGGCCCGCAGAUCGAAACAAAAGUCCUGCUUCGCUUGUGUGGAGGCAAAAAGGCGCUGUGACCAGACUCUUCCGGCCUGCUCGCGGUGCCUGGACAAGGAAGUCAAUUGCACGUAUGCCUCCGUCCGGCGAACUAGACAGGCGCCGAUACCGAGCCAUGUCAGUUCGAGAUUGGGAUCGGGAUGGGACAUCGAAGCCUCAUGGCCGGGGAGCGGCAUCGACGAUAUCGGGCUCGUGUUGGACGAAGCCCUUUUCGCUCCGACAUCCGCAUCAGGGCCGGCAGGCACCGCCGCAAUGCCGACGACGGCCACGGCGUCUUCGUCCUCCACCGCAACGCAGACCGACUCCGAUGGCGCUUCGCGAACGGUGGAUCCAAAUGCAGAAGGGUUGACUUGGUUCCUCCAAUCAACAUCCUGGGCCAUCGACUACCAGCGUCAAGCCCCGGUGUCAAUUCCGCCAGCCGCGGUGUUUACGAAUUUCGUCCGCGGAUUGCAAUCGUGGCUCGUCCGCUUCCUCCACAAGGGGUAUAAUCCCUUCAUCCAUCAGCACCUUUACUCUGAGACGACCAUGCCCCAGUGUGUACAAGAUGCGUAUGCAGCCAUUGCUAUAGCGCAGACCAUCACCCCAGAUAACGAGCACGUCGUUGACGCGGUGUCGGCUAAUUACAUCAUGACGCUCUUAGCCGCCAACUCCGCAGAGGAAGCGCCGUUUCUCCCGUUCCUCUCGACGAGGGAACACCUAGGACGCAAACAGGCUCUUUUGAUCCACCUGCUCUUGUGUCUCUUCUCACCUUCGAUACCUCGAAGAAGCAAAGCGGAGAACUUGAUAGAUACCCUGCGUCUCUGGGCCCGUCAACUGUGGGAGUCCGCAGCGCUAGACGCAACAACAUCGCCAAUGAUGUCGAGGUCAUGCCUAAGUCAGACCGUCGAAACGGACGUGGUCACCAGUCUAUACCAAGCCUUCAUCCUCUCCGAGUCCAUCCGUCGCACGUUUCUGCUUACGAGUAUGGCUACCGGGGUAUAUACAAGCCUAAAGGAGACUUGGACCCAUGAUUGUGCAGGUGACGUCUGCCUUACUCUACGCGGGGAGCUCUGGGAGGCUUCCUCGCCUGCCCGCUGGGAAGCCGCCGCGCGGAAAGAGGAUCCGUUGUUUCUUCACAGCUUGAAAGGGCAGUUUCUAGUGGCACGAGGGGUUCGGGUUGCCGAGGUGGAUGAGUUUGCACGGCUGAUGUUUACUCUUCUAUGGGGAUUGGAAAAAGUAGAUCAUUGGGUUGUGAGCACUGGAGAUUGUGUGUCUGUAGACUAUGGAACUUGUGUUUGAGCUCUAGGAAAGGUAUGAAUAGUGAUACAUGAGACUCCGACGUCUGAUUACUUAGU